AUGCCUAUACACCCCCAGCAGCAGCAGCAGCAGCAGAAGCAGAAGCAGCAGCAGCAGAAGCAGCAGCAGCAUCUACUUGGGUUAACAGAUAAGCCGCAGCAGCAAACUCAUCAACCGCAACAACACCAGGGUCAGCAGGAGCAACAGAAGCAGCAACAGAAGCUGCAGCAGCAGCAACAGCAGCAGCAGCAGAAGCUGCAGCAGGAGCAACAGCCGCAGCAGGUUCUGCUGCUACAGCAGCAGGAGCAGCUGCUGAAUCUGCAGCAGGAGCAACAGCAACAGGAGCCGCUGCUGCAGCAGCCGCAGCAGCAGCAGCAGCAGCAGCAGCGCAUCUGCAGCAGAGUCAACAAGAAGAAGGAACAGGAGGCAGACAGCAGCAGCAGCAGCAAUAACAACAGCGGCAGCAGCAGUAGCAGCAGCACUAGUAUCAAAAGCAACAGAAGCAACAGCAACAGCAACAACAGCAGCAGCAGCAGCACUAGCAGCAGCAGCGGCAAUAGCAGCGGCAGCAGCAGCAGCGGCAGCAAGAGCAGCACCAAUGACAAGAGGAUUAGCAGCAGCAACAGCAGCAGUAGCAUCAGCAGCAAUAGCCGCAGCAGCUGCAACAGCAGGAGCAGUAUCAAGAACAGCAGCAAAAGCAGCAGCAAGAGCAGCAGCAGCAGCAGGAGCAAGAAUAGCAGCAGCACUAGCGGCAGACGCAACACAGGCAGCAGGGGCAGCAGCAAUGCCAACAGAAAUAGCAUAAGCAUCAGCAGCAGCAGCAGCAGCAGCAGAAGCAGCAGCAAGAGCAGCAGAAGCUGCUGCAUCCACCAGACUUCAACUCAUCACUGCAGCAGCAGCAGCAACACGACCGACCCGCCCCGAGAGCUGCUGCAGCCAAAUAACCCGCAACGGCAGCAGCAACAACAGCAGCAGCACCAGCAGCAGCAGCAGCACCAGCAGCAGCAGCAGCAGCAGCAGCAAGGAGACAGUGGACUCUUGCUGCAGGUUUCUAGCUGUCCUGCGCGAAGAGUAUUAUCUGAGGUGUCUCCGCCUCCAGCGCCUCUUCGAUCAGCAGCUGAAUUAAUAAAAAGACAAAACAGCAUGACGCAUCUCUUACUCAAAUCCACACAGCAGCAGCAGCAGCAGCAGCAGCAGCAGCAGCAGCGGCAGCAGCAGCAGCGACAACAGCAGCAGCAGCUGAUGCUGCUGCAGCAGCUUCACCAGAAAGAGAAGACAUUAGAAUUGCAGGGAAAAGAACAGCCUGCGGAGGUCCAUCCGCAGCAACAGCAGCAACAGCAGCAGCAACAGCAGCAGCAACAGCAGCAGCAGCAACAGCAGCAGCCAGCUUCUUUUCAGAGGGUGAAGAUUUUAUCUGCACGAGUACAAGGAGAGCGCAGCUUUGCUUCGCUGCCUGACUGUCCCCCCUCUUCCUUAGAUAUAAGUAUGCAACACAGCAGCAGCAGCAGCAGCAGCAGCAGCAGCAGUAGAAGCAGCAGUAGAAGCAGCAGUAGAAGCAGCAGUAGAAGCAGCAACAGCAGCAGCAGCAACAGAUUCGGCGUCAGUAGCAGUGCUGAUAAAGCAACAACAGCAGCAGCAGAUGCAGCAGCAGAUGCAGCAGCAACACAAGCAGCAGCAGCAGCAGCAGCAGCAGGACGUACAGCACAGCACUCUUGUAUGAGUGCAGAAGGGAAGAGACUGCUGCACAUUGUCGAAGGUCCCCCUGGGCAGCCAACACCGCCGAUGCUCCAGCAGCAGCAGCAGCAGCAGCAGCAGCAGUGGCAGGAGGUGCAGCGCCAGCUACUGAUGCAGCAGCAGCAGCAAAUCUACUCUUUGCAGAUGCAACUGCAGCCGUCUCAGCAGCAGCAGCAGCAGCAGCGGCAGCAGCAGCAGCAGCAGCAGCAACAGCAGCUGCAGCAGCAGCUGCAGAAGGAACGCCACCAGCUUCAACCGCAAGACCAGCAGAUCACUGUGCCCUUCACACAGCAGCAGCAGCAGCAGCAGCAUCAGCAGCAGCAGCAGCAGCAGAAGCUUCUGAUGCAAGGGGAGCAGCAAAGGCAACUGAGGCAGCCACUGCAGCAAUCGCAGCAACUGCAGCAGCACCAACAACAACAGCAGCAGCAGCACCGGCUAGCACACGAAAAACGACAGCAGCAAACGCCGCUGCUGCAGCUACCUGGCUUGCAGCAGCAGCAACUGCAGCAGCAACAAGCAAUCUCACUGCCGCACCAAACUAAAACACCUGCGACUCAGCAGCAGCAGCAGCAGCAGCAGCAGCGAAGAACGCAGCAACAAAGGCCUCAGCAGCAGCAACAAAUAUUCCAUGACAGCCGAACAAGCCGAGAGGAUCAUCGAUCGCAGCAGCAGCAGCAGGAGCAGCACGCAUUGCAGCAGCAGCAGCAGCAGCACGCGAUACCGCAGCAGCAGCAAGCAUUGCAGCAGCAACAGCUGCAUCGGCCACCCCUUCCGACGCUGCAGCAGCAGUUGCAGGUGCAGACGGAUCUGCAGCAACAAAAGCAGCAGCAGAAGCAGCAGCCUGGGCUUGAACGACAGCAGCAGCGGCAAGCGCUGCCGGAGCAGCUGCUUCUACUGAGGGAGACAUUCAAGCUUAGACAGCGGCAACAGCAGCAGCAGCAACAACAACAACAACAAUUACAGCAGCAGCAACUACAGCUGCGGAGUCGCGACCCCGACCCUGCUCAGCAGCAACACCAGCAACAGCAGCAGCGGCAACUGCAGCAACUGCAGCAGUCGCACCACAGUCUAGCUUUGACAUUAGUGCAGCAGCAGCAGAAGCAGCAACAGCAACUGCAGCACCAACAGCAGCAGCAGCAGCAGCAGCUAGUGGAAAAGCAGUAUGAUCAGCAGCAGCAGCAGCAGCAUGAUCAGCAGCUGCAGCAGGCGCCGCCGCCUCAGCAGCAGCAGCAUGAUC